AUGCUGGCUACGAAUCGCUCAGCCGGACGUGAUGUCUGUGUUUUUGAUGCCAACGAUGCCAACGAUCCCGAUAGGAAGGAGCUCGGAGGGCUGAUUCUCACGAAUGGUGUGACGAAUGCUAACUUCUAUUCGAUGGUAGAGGUGUUUCUAUUUUUCAACGAUGUUUACUUUCUGCGGCGCGAAGAUGGUACGGAUGUUCAGAGAGAUGAGCAGGCACUUCGGCCUGGAAAUUACUACAUUGUCACCGAAGGUUCGUUUGUUGUGAAUAAUGAGCCUUGGUUAGUCCGGAGGUUGCACACAUCUUUCGAAGAUCACUGGAUUCGUCACAACUACGGCGACUGGAUCACGGCUACCGGAGGAUCCAUCAGCUCUGGGAUAACUACGCUUUUUCAGAUGAUAAUUACAAAAUUGUCUGCUUCAGGCGCGAUGGCCAUGGCAUCGCCGGCAAACAUCUUGACUAGCAAUUGCUUCAAGAUCCGUCUCGACCAGUUGAUCAACCUUUACGGCGGCAUUUCAGGCAGGCGAUAUGAUAGCGCCGGGGAAGGCGCGGGCGGCGAGAGGCCGCGGUCACGGGCGGUCGCUUUGUACGACACGCCGAUUAACUAUGCUGGUCUAAUCCUUUACAACAACGACGAACAACGAACAACACCCACGAACACCGAGCUAGACCGACCUCCCAAGAUGCCUAUCGCCAACAUUGUUAGAUCUGAGAGAAUCGUUGCUACUAGAUGUGCUCCUAUCAAUCGCCAGUUUAGUGGUAGUCGAUUCGGGGUGAUGGGGCUCAUCGGUUUGGGUUUAAAUGGUUGGCUCCGUACAGAAUCUAUACUACCAGCUCGCAAGAGGAGAACGACGGACAGGGAGCUGAGCCUUCUGGCGCGGAGAAGGGUUUUUUGGCUAGAAUAUGGUUGGAUGAAGGUGGGCCUUGGCUUAUUUGUGGGAACAAUUCUGGUGAAGCUCGCAUACUUGGACGAAAAUAUGAAGCAAGAGAUGAAGUCCAUGGUCAAGGGUGAAGUGAAAUUGGACAUGUUCGGACGUCCGAUGUGCAGCGACUCUGCAACGGGCGGCGUCAGGGUAACCUUUCAUUGGAGACUUGGCGACACGACGUUCUCCGCUGCAAUUCCAUUGCAGCAACAGCUUCAGUUAUCACUAUUCAAUUCUAUCCGGCGAACUUAUUCCAGCAUUUCGCGUGGUCCUCUUCUAGGCCGGUAUACGACCGUUCCCGUCGACUUGUUCCGUGUCGGCGCAACCCCAAAAGUGGUACUUCGUGAUUUCGAUACGCAGAACGCAAGUGGGCGCACUUCGUAUGACCUCCACUUUGGCUCAGACGGCCUUGUUCAUCCUAAGCCGGGCCCAAACUUCCAGGGACCAAACGGAGCGAGCAUGCGGCCCAAUGGACCAACGGUACAGGAAGUUAUCCGCAAUUUCAGAGGGAGGAAUACGACCGUAUACCGUUUGCCAGAAGGAACUGAAUUACCAGAACAACUGAUCCUGUUGCACGAACAUAGCGACCACUAUUCACUGCAGACGACGGAACCAGUGGAGUUAAAAGAACUAAAUAAUCGGCUAACAGACUUUCUACAAAGGAAAGGGGAGCGGAUGACGCAAAAGGAGUUUUGCGAUCGUUAUCCAUUCUGA